AUGGCCUCCUCCUUCACCGGCAACGCCGCCACCUCGUCGUCGUCGCUGGACCGGGUCAAGGGGUCGUGGAGCCCGCAGGAGGACGCCACCCUGGUCAAGCUGGUCCAGCAGCACGGCCCAAGGAACUGGUCCAUGAUCAGCACCGGGAUCCCCGGCCGGUCGGGGAAAUCGUGCCGGCUGCGGUGGUGCAACCAGCUGUCGCCGGAGGUGCAGCACCGGCCGUUCACUCCGUCGGAGGACGCCGUCAUCGUCCGGGCCCACGCCGUCCACGGGAACAAGUGGGCCACCAUCGCCCGCCUCCUCCCCGGGCGGACCGACAACGCGAUCAAGAACCACUGGAACUCCACGCUCCGCCGGAAGCGCGUGGCGGGGACGGGGGAGGAGCUCGCGUCGUCGUCCGCGUCCGAGUCGAACUCGGUGAUGAAGCGGCCGUGUCUGCAGGACGCGUUGGCCGAGUCGGAGGGCGAGUCCGGGGUUAAUAAGAAGAUCUGCUUGCGUCACGAUGACGUCAAUAAUAAUAAUAAUAAUGGUAUUAUUUAUAAUAUUGAUAAUAAUAAUGAUAAUGAUGAUAAAAGUAAUGAGAAUGGUAAGAUGGGUGAGGGCGGUGGAGGGGAGAUUAUUACGGGCGGACCGGAGACUUCGCUGACGCUGUCGCCGCCGGGGGAGGGGGUAGUUAAUGCGGCGGGAGAGAAGGAGGAAGAGGCGGCGGCGGCGGUGGGAGGGGACGACGGAGGGAGGCGGCGGGUGAAGAAGGUGGAGGAGGAGGGGAAGUGGUUGAAGACGGCGGAGGUGGGGGAGAGUUGUUUGUUGGGGAUCAUGCAAAGGAUGAUAGCGGAGGAAGUUAGGAGUUAUGUGGACAGAUUAAGAGCGCAUGAUGGUGGGCUUGUUAUUGGGCCUGAUACUAAGCCCGUGGGUCCUAAGGAUGUGUAA